AUGGAGGAGGGCCUUGAGGGAGUUUUCGGGCGCCACGCUGCCAUCGGCCAGCUCACCCGAGACCGGAUCCGCGAACUGGGCCUGGAGUUGCUGGUCUCCGACGAGCGCUACGCCUCGAACACCGUUACGGCGGUGAAAAUGCCGGAGGGCAUCGACGGUCGGGCCCUGAUGGGCCGGAUGCGCACGGAGAAGAACGUGGUGCUGGCCGGCGGGCAGGGCAAGCUGAGUUCCAGCAUUUUCCGCAUCGGACACCUGGGCCACGUCACCGAGGACGAUAUCGAAGAAGUUAUCGACGCCCUCAAGGAUCUGCUGCCCGAGGUGGGAUUCAGGGCCAGCUAA